GGCUGGAAGAGAACUCUCCUUGAAGCUUGGUUGCGUCUCGCCACUUGUCUCCAUCCCACCCUUGCUCAAUGAAGCCAGAAGAGAAUGAAGAUACGUUCUCCAGCUUUUUGCUGGAGGACAUAAAGCAGAGGCUGCUCCAAGCUUUCCAAGGGCAGACGACAGGGGUAGCAAUUACUCCUGCAUUGUCUAGACCUGUUGAAGAUACAGGCCGUGGCAGAAGAGCUGUGCCCACUCAGGAACUGCCCUGGGGCCGCAUGGAGAGGGGCAUAGCCUGGCUUCGUAUAGAAUUGCUUGAGAUGAAGUUCCAGAACCAGAAACUUGCCAGAACUCUGCUGGAUUUAAGUAUGGAAAUUCAGAGGCUGAGGAAUGAAAUCGAUACGUCAGCAGCUCUAGAAUCAAAAGGUUGCUUCUCUCCUUGAUUAGUUUCCACCCAUUGCUUCUUGUCCUGACUUCAGGUGCUUUGGAGAAUAACUUGACUCCCUCUUCUUUGUGGCAGCCCUGAGAUAUUGGAACACUGCUAUCAUGUCACCCUUUCUUUUCAUUAAACUAGAAAUGUAUAAUUCUCUUUCUGUAGUUAUGAAA